AUGUAUCAAUGCCAUUUAUGUCGAGAAUUAUUUAUUGGAGUUAAAGAGCUAUACUGUCAUCUACGUAAUCAUGAAGCUGCUGGUGAAUUAAGAAUGACUGUUCGCUGUUGUCAAGACAAGUGUACUAGUUCAUUUCGCAGUUUGUGGAAUCUUAAGAGGCACAUGGAUCAAUAUCACUCUCAGUCACAUUGUGAGAAAGGAGUAAGUCACUCAGUCAAUAAUUCCAACAGUUUAUGCUAUAAUGAUGAUUUUUGUAAUUACGAAGAAGCAGAUCAAAAUAAGCGAUUCAUACUUUCAGACAUUCAUAUUGUGGCUAAGGUUUAUUUGGUAUCUUCUCUGAGAUCAAACAGUUGUUUACCUCAUAAUAUAAUCUCUUGUGUCAUUCCAUCCUUCAAUAAUAUGGCUGACUGUUUAGUAAAUUAUUUAAAUGAACAAGUUCUCGAGUCGUUAAAGUAUGUGCCUAAUGUUAAUCAAGGUGUUUUAAAUAAUAUUGAAAAACUUUUUAAAAAAGUUCAAAAACCUCUUGGUUUUCUUUCUAGAAAAUACAAGCAAGAUAAAUAUUUUGCUGAACAUCCUCUUUUUGUAAAUUCUGAAACACUUUCGAUCGGUUCUAGGUAUGAGGUUAAAAAUGGAGUCAAUAAAUUAGUCUAUGACACCUAUGAGUAUGUGUCAGUUGAAAACAAUUUUCGCAGCUUAUUCAGUCAUGAAGAGUUUGUAGAACUGAUUUUAACUAAUCAAAUUAAAGAUAAUGACUUAACUGACUGUUUUCAAAAAGGAGAGCGCUGUAAAAAGCAUUAUUUAUUUAUUAAUAAUGAUAAGUAUUCUAUAAUGAUUCAAUUAUUCUACGAUGGUAUGGGAAAAACAAAUCCACUUCGUGGAAAUGCAUCAACCAGUAAUGUUGGAGUUACAAUUACAAUUCAAAAUUUGCCUCCUAGUCAUAACUCUUGUUUUGCUAAUAUACAUUUGUUGGCACUUUGUUAUAGUCAAGAUUUAAAAGUGUAUGGCUACAAUAAUAUAUUAGAACGGUUUGUAAGUGAAAUACAAAAACUGCAAUCCAUCGGCUUUAGUGGGGACUUUCAAAUAAUUGGUUCUAAACAGAUAUAUUUAGGUCUUCGCCAGGUUUCUUGUGAUAAUCUUGCUCUUAAUGGUUUGUUUGGUUUUAUUGAAUGUUUCUUUGCAGAUUUCUUUUGCACUAUAUGUUUAGCAACCAAAGAAACAAUACAACUUAAAACAUAUGAGUCUGAUUUUGAAAUGAGAACAAUAGAUUCUUAUAAUAAUGAUCUGAAAGCAUUAGAAAUGCUUGCUUUAAGAACUCAUAGUCAUGGUGUAAAAGCAAAUUGCUGCUUGAAUAAAAUACCUGGUUUUCAUGUGGUUGAAAACUUUGCUCUUGAUCCAAUGCAUACACUACUAGAAGGUGUUGUACCUUUUGAACUUGGUUGCAUUCUUUAUUAUUUAAUAAAAAUCAAACAUUAUUUCUCAUUAUUGGAUUUAAACACUUGCAUGCAUCAAUUUUUUGAUCAUAAUUCAAUAGAAAAAUCUAAAAGACCAUCCACAAUUUGCCAAGCUGAGAAACCAGGAAGAGGUCUUACACAUUCAAUGAAGUCAGUUCAAAUGCGGUCCUUGCUUAUGUAUUUGCCAAUAUUAUAA